AUGCUCUAUAUUAACGCCACUAUAGUCACCGUCGAUACUUCGCGCCGCAUGAUCAGUGAUGGAGCGUUGCGAGUCGUCGGGAACACGAUCGCCGAUAUUGGCAAGACCGCAGCUUUGAAGGAAAUAUAUGCUGAUGACGAAGUGGUCGACCUUACGGGACGUAUUAUCAUUCCAGGACUUAUUUCCACGCAUAUGCACACAGCGCAGACACUUCUUCGAGGCACGGCCGAUGAUUUGGAGCUGGUAUCAUGGCUAUGUGAGAGGAUCUGGGUCCUGCAAGGCAAUUUUACAGAGGCCGACGGCUAUGCGGCUGCCAGACUGAGCAUUGGUGAGAUGCUCAAGUCUGGCACAACUUGUUUCUUGGAGAGCAUGUUUGCCGAUCGAUAUGGGUUUGAUGGACUCGCUCGCGCCGUCGAAGAGAGCGGCAUCCGGGGAUGUUUGGGUAAGAUUGUAAUGGACAUCGCGAAGUAUGCAAAGGACGACGCAUGGGCGAUGCAUCCAGGUCUUGUUGAAAACCGCCAGACUUCACUUCUGGGGACACUGAAAAUGUGGGAGAAAUGGAACGGUGCGGCAAAUGAUCGGAUCAGAGUCUGGUUUGGUGCCAGGACCCCGGGAGGAGUCUCUGAUGCACUGUAUAAAGAGAUGACUGCUCUUUCACGAGAGAAGGGCAUCCCGGUUACCAUGCACUGCGCAGAGGUAAAGGCAGAUCGCGACUUUUUUGAAUCUGUGUCCCACACGCCAAUGACUUACUGUGACUCAGUUGGGCUACUCAACCCAAAAACAGUCCUAGUGCACAUGGUUCACCUGGAUGACUCUGAUAUCAAGCUUCUAUCAGCGUCGGGCACUCAUGUUGCGCACUGCCCAACUUCCAACGCCAAGCUGGCGUCGGGGAUCUGCCGAGUCCCCGAUUUGCAGAAUGCCGGCGUAAAUGUCGGCCUUGGAACCGAUGGCGCCCCUUGCAACAACACAAACGAUCUCUUGCAAGAAAUGAAAUUGGCGGCCAUCAUUCAUAAAAGUAUAUCGUUUGAUCCAACCGCGGUUCCGGCAGAGAGGGUUCUUGAGUUGGCUACCAUCAACGGUGCCAAAGCACUGGGGUUGGACGACAGCAUUGGCAGCUUGGAAGUAGGCAAGAAGGCAGAUUUUGUGGCUAUCGAUGUGCGAGGAAUCCACUCCCAGCCUUGGUUUAACCCCGUUAGUGCUGUGGUUUAUACGGCUACUGGACGCGACGUGGAUGUCGUUGUGGUGGAUGGGAAGAUUCUGGUUAAAGGAGGCGAGUUGCUGACAAUGAACGAGAAUGAGAUUGUACAAGAGGCGAAGAAGCGCAGCCAUGAGGUCGUUCAGAGGGCAGGUUUGGGAUCUAAGGUGAAGGGCCGUUGGCCGAUGGAAUAA